AAAGCCGUCGAUAUUACUACAAACCUAGCUACUUGGAUCGUGUGUUGAUCAUUUAGAGGUCGUAAUGUAAGAUUGUUUUCAAAUUGUCGGAUAUGCUAAAUUUGAAGGACUUUGACAUGUUUUAUUAACAUGAUCAACUUUAGGUUUCACAUACCAGGUUGGUGACGGUCAGAUAUGAUUGGAUAGAUACUUUGUCCUCUGGUAUGGCUGUACCAGGGCGUAAAGCAGAGCAACAUCAGUCGUCAGGGUCGGCAACGGAUUAUGAGCAUAGCUGUGACGCAUGUCUCGUCGAUGGACAAGAUGUGGAAGCUCAUGGAUAUUGCUUUGAUUGUCAAGACCAUCUGUGUGUAACUUGCUUCAGGUUUCAUCGUAAAAACAGGGCUUCCAGAAAUCAUAGAUUGGUAGACAAUACAGCAUCUCUGCCUGCACAUGUCACUAAAUCAUCAGCAGAAACAUGUACUGUCACAGAGAAAUGUGCCGAGCACGAAGGCCAGAUUCUUAAGUUCUUCUGUCUAAAACACGAAGCGCUUGCUUGCCACGACUGCGUGACACUUGACCACAGAAGAUGUGACAUUGACUACAUUCCAAAAACAUGCGUGGGAGUAACUGAAAGCAAAGAGUAUAUCGACACUUUUAAGAAGCUGAAUGAUCUUCUUGAGUACGUGAACUACGUGCAGAAAAUGACCGAGAAGAAGAAUUGUGAAAUUGUAAAUGCUUCUACAAGAGUUGUAGAAGAAAUAGAUAAAUUCCAAAAAGAUGUAAAUGAUCGCAUUUAUCAACUUCGUUGCCAAAUUUUAGGAAAAGUAGCGAGCGAAAAGAAAAAGCAAAAUGAUGAUAUUGGAAUCGUGUUGAAAACUUGUGAAAAAAUGGCAUCGGAUAUAAAACAGGUCAUAACGAGCUCUCAUGAAAACGAAGCUGCUCAAAGAGAAGGUCAGAUAUACAUCUACAUGAAGAGAGCUGAACAGAUUAUUAAGUCUCAAGAAAUAGAAAAGGCAAAGGCAAAUCUUCACGCCAUUCCUACAGAGAUAACAUUCAAACGUAACAGAGAAAUUGAAAAUAUUUUCUCACAUCAAGUGACCUUUGGGACGCUGAAAAUUCCAGAAUCAACAAAACCAAUCAAAGUGAAAGGUGUUCACAAAUCUGCAUCUAGAAAUACAAAUGCAUUUUACUUUAAUAAUUCAAGACAGUCUGAAUUUGGUGACAGUGAAGGAUCCCCCAGUGAUGAAGAAGAAGUAGAUGCUACAUAUAUUCCAUUUAAAAACCCAAAAGAAUCAACAAAACCAAUCAAAGUGGUAGGUGUUGGCAAAUCUGCAUCUAGAGAUACAAAUGCAUUUUACUUUAAUAAUUCAAGACAGUCUGAAUUUGGUGACAGUGAAGGAUCCCCGAGUGAUGAAAAAGAAGAAGAUGCUACAUAUAUUCCAUUUAAAAACCAAAAAGAAUCAACAAAACCAAUCAAGGUGGAAGGUGUUGGCAAAUCUACAUCUAGAGAUACAAAUGCAUUUUACUUUAAUAAUUCAAGACAGUCUGAAUUUGGUGACAGUGAAGGAUCCCCCAGUGAUGAAGAAGAAGUGGAUGCUACAUAUAUUCCAUUUAAAAACCAAAAAGAUACAGGAAGAAUAGUCACUGAAGGCUACCACUAUGUUGGAUGGAACUAGAGAGUUUAGUGUUUUUCUGUAUACAUCUCAUAUACCACCAUCAUCUUAUGAGAACAAGAUUCAAAUCAAGAACCUCCGCUUUCGUAAGAUAAGUAAAUAAGCGAAAAAUUAAAAUGAUGUAAAAUAAAGAAAAUUGAGAAAAUUAUUGGACGCCUGUGAAAGGAGAAAUGUAUGCUAAAAACUGAGGAAUAAAUAGGAAAUGGAAUGAAAAUUAGUUUGAUACACUGCCGUGAUAUCAGACAAUUUAAGUACAAAAAGUUUGAAAUGGCAUUCGAAUGGAUGGGAUAUUGAAAAAUAUUGGUCAAAAUUGGUUAGCAUAUCGCAAAGACGGUAUAACAAAAAUUUCUUCAUGCUUGAGUCAGGCUAUACAGCCACAUAUAACAAACAUUAAAUAACCGCUCUCAUUAUCCGUGACCAUUAUGACCUUUGAUCUCUGAUCAUUGGCGCUACGAAUGGAAAAAGUGUCACGCCUGAAAGGAAAAAAGAAUCUACUACAAGUUGUAACGAUCUAGACCCCAGCAAUUAAGUUAACUCAUUUAGCGGGUUUUCACAGUUAUUUCAUGUUACUACAGGCUGAGUACAAUUGUUAUCAUUGCUAUCAUUGUUAACAUUGUCAUGCAUUCUUUUGAUUUGUCACAGUAGAUUACGACUUUUUGAUAUUAAAAGAAUUUACAAUGUUAUUGCCUUUUGAUGUUUUGAUUACAGUUAAUACGUAACCUAUCAUCAACUGCUUUUUUAAAUGUUGUAGUAGAUUGUUAUACAAUGAAUUGUACCACACAUAUAUAUUCAUAUAAUUUUUUUAUGAUAAAUUAUGGAAAACAAAAAAAGAGAAUGCACCGCAUUACUUUCUUGUGAUUUUAUAUAUUUGUAAAUAUUUAGGGUGUGUUACAUUUCUUGUUAUGUUUUUUUGUGUGCUUGUAACAGUUUCCAUUACAUAGGCCUAAGGGUCGUUAUAUCAAACUUCGGUAGACUCCUACACAAAAUUGGAUAUAUUGAACGUUAUUAAAAGAUAGCAGAAAACAUUUCUAUUGAUAUCUUGGAUGCUAUUACUUCCCUCUAUUAUAUAAUUUUGCAAAUAAUUCUAAUAGAAAGUUACAUUUACAUCUAGGUUUAUUAAAAACAUAACUGUUAUCGAUUAAGUAAUAAAUACGUUUCCUUCAAAAGAAAAAAAAGUGGUAAAAUAUGUUUCAUUGAUGGAUGCGAUGUUGAAUAAAACAUUUCAUAUAUGCUCAAAACUGCUGACAAAUGUAGAAGUGAAGUAAGAUUUAAGGUUUCGAGUUUUCGAUAGUGAAAUAUAAGGGUACACAGAUUGUUUAUUUGCAUUAUGGUCUGUUAAGAUGUAUUAAUAACCUGUUGUGUUUCUUAAACAUUUUGCAAGAAAGCAGAAAGCAAUGUUCGCAAUAAUUAAAAGCAAUACACAUCAUGCAGAUAUACUGAUAUUGACAUUAUCGUUUGUUUCUUUUUGUUCCUUUGUCAAAAUAGUAUUUGAUGUUUGCUGUAUAUAAAUAUGUGCAAUAAUGUGCAUAUACAUAAUCAACGUUAAAGUGGUUAUAUAUUAUAAUAUACAGUCUCUUGAUUUUGGUUUCUUAAUUUUGUUUCGAAAGAAGAAAAAAGAAUAUACGGAUUGACAACUUAUAAUAUUAUUUCUUUUUAAAGCUUUGUAUUUUUACUUUUCUCUUUGGAUGUAUGUGUAUUAGAAUUAAGUUUCUAUGUUGUUGUUUUCUGUAGGAUGACUAGAAUUACGUCAAUCGUGAUAAAUAUUCUCAGACACUUAACUAAGGUAGCAUAGAUCAUGAAAUUCUAACUGUUUUGGACAUUCAUGUAUCUUAAUUUUCUAAAAAAUAACACACGAGUAUCUAAUAAAAUAUGUAAUUCAAGUAAUGUUAAAAUGCCGACGGGGAAAUUUACUAUUUUCUCAUUCUUGUAAGAAAGUUUUUUAUUUUGGUAGUUUUUUUGUUGCGUUUAGUCUCGCACUUGAAAUCUUGCUUUUUAUUUGAAUGACUAAUACUACAAUCUUUACAUAUAAUGUAAGGAGAAGAGAAAUGCUGUUUUUCAAUGGUUAAAAACUGAAAACGUUGACUAAUCCAAGAGGUACAUUACAGAGAAAUAGAAAAGAUAAAUGGGAAAAGGAAUGGGAUGGGGCAAUUAUUUGCAGUAGAAUUUUAGUAAUCAAGCAGGCAUGGCAUUUUUUUAGGUGUGGUUUAAAUGUUCAGUUGAUAAACGCGUAUGAAAUUGAAAUAGGACGAAUAUUAGGAGCGGAGGUAGAGAUUGAAAAUAAGGAGGUUGUAAUUAUAAAUGUUUAUGGACCAAAUAAAGAUGAUGUUAUACCUUUUACAAAACUCGAAAUGAAAUAUUUAUACAAGAGAGAAAUGACCCAGUUUUUAUAACAGAAGGCGAUUUUAAUGUUGUGAUGGACCCUAAUAUUGACAAAUAAGGUGGGAACAUACAAACACAUUUUAAAUGUCGUAAAAAGAUUAAAGAUAUCGCUGAAACAUAUUAUCUCCCAGAUACAUUCAGUGUCCAGGGUCCAGAAACAAAAAGAUUUACUUGGCGUUCGAACAUACGUUCAAAUAUAGAGUGUAGGUUAAAUUAUUUCCUUGUUUCAAAUGAUUUGAUGAAUCUCGUUAAGAAUCGGACAUAAAGUCUAGUUUUAAAUCUGAUCACUCGAUUGCAUACAUUAUUUUCAAUUCUGAUCCAUUUCUCCAUUAUGUCAUUAAUUAUUUCAACAACCUUGUUGUAUUGCAUCAAUUAUUUAGAAAAUAUUCCAGAAACAUAAUUAAUAUUACUUAUUUUGAACUAUAAUAAUACAAUAUGCUGCUUUAUUUGUCAGACAGUGUGAUCAUUCCGUAACACACGUUACCACUACCAUCGAUUUUUUUAAAAAAAAUAUUUAAGUAGAAAUUGAAGCCCAAAUUGUCACAUACUGAUCUAUUUAAACUGUUAGUGGUAAGUUUUAAGAAGGUUUUCUUCUGUUAUUUCAGAAAUUGCCUAAAAUAUAUAUUGCAACAUCCAUGUAACUAUAAUGUUAGAUGGAAUUUUAAUAAAUGAUACAAUAAUAUCCAUCUGUGCGUUCAUAAUAUUAUGAUCAUAUAGCUGAUAUGUGCAGUCGUCAUGUGAGUAAAACGCAAGUUUUAUAAAAAGUAUUUUUUUAGCAGUUUUAGAAAUAAUAGCAUUAUAAGAACACAUACAAAACCAACCCUAGUUCGAUAGUACGAAUUAUAGGGUCUUGAGUCAGAUAUCUGGAUGUGGUCUUUGCUCUCCACGACGCUUCAAUAAAGAUAUUGUGUCUGAAGUCAAUAGACUUACACCUGUAUAAUACGGAGGACUUAGCACUUGCCUGUAGAGAACUGAGUAGUUCCGGUACAGAAUCCAGGGACAACUGUUAGGUUAAGUGCUCAACAUUACAUGUACAUGACUGAAUUUUUGUUGCAAUACGGUGCUAAACCAAAACUAACAAACAAAAGAAAAUAUGCAGGUAUUUAAGUAAACACUUUAGAUUUAAAACUUUUACCAGGUUGACAAAACUGUUUCAGCGAUACCAAAUUAAGAUAUAAGAAAUAUAUAAAACUUUAUAGAUAUGAAAUAAAGAAAACUAUUGUUGUCAUUUUGAAACAUUCACAAGAAUGACAGAAUGUACACAAUACUUUUUUAAUAUUUUAAAUUGUACAGACAAGGACUAAAUUGUAUUAUGUGUUGGAAUAUUCCUGGAUAUACCAGAACAUUUAGAGAAACACAACUAAGAGAAGUUAUGCAUCAAUCAUAGCAAAUAAAUUUUGAUCAUCAAUUAAGUUACGUACCAAAGGUUUUGACAAAGGCAUGACCUGUCUUUGUCAAAAGUUUAAACUGUAGCAAGAAACUCAAGAGCAUGAUACAAAUUGCUUCUGAAUCAAAGUGUAAUCAAAUGUCAUUCAUAACAAUAAAGUGAUUUUGAGAGCCUAUGAUCUUUUGCAAUUUACUUUCUAUUUUAUAAAUAAUAUGUUAUAAAGCAACAUAUUAUUCAUAACAGCUAAGCAGCAAGAGAGCAAAUAUGCUAUAUUAGGUAACAUUAAAGUGAAAAUAUCGUAUGUUACAUCUUAAUCAAGACGUGCAGAAUGUGAUUUUCUUGUAACACUGCUGUCUCAAAUUGUGUGCAGUUCAUAUUUUUCAGACAUUUCAUCUAAUUUUAGAUUCAGAGUUUAACUAAUCCAUACAAUUUUACUAUCACAGAACACUGUUUAAGCUAGUGUUAGGGGUGUGAGGGCAAUUUCACAUCUCAGUUCAUCUAGCGAACAGACCCAAUGUCGCGUAAUGGCCUCUAAAAGCCACAUGGCACCAGUGUUACCAGACUUAUAAAACAUGUGGUAGGACUUUCACACACAUAUAUAAGAUUGAAGACACAAUAGUUCGUUUCUAAUGUUUAUUAAUUUCAGGUAUUUAAAGAAAGUCAUUUAGUACAAGUUAUUUUUAUUGUCUCAGUGUCCAUCUUUCAAAUAAUAUUAAGCUACUAUAAAAUGUUAAGAACUAAUUAUGUAUAUCCUGAAGUUGUCUUUCAUGAAAUCUACAUAACAUAUUUGGAAAUUAACCUAACGAGGCAUAAUGGUAUUUUUGACUUACGUUGGCAGAACCACGGUUGGUGGCUCUGCCGCCUCGCCUCCCUGAAUGUCUAAUACAUAGACCUUUUAUAUGCACCGGCCAGACUAUUGAUUACGAAAUUAAGACGUAGUUUUUCUGUUGUUAUGUCUUAACCUGCCCAGAGCUACGCUUACCUGUCAGUUUUAUAUUUCAACAAUUUUAAAAGGUCAAGAGUUUCCGGUGAAAGCUUUUAACUAAUUUUGAAUGAAUAUAUACUAUCCAAGACAUUGAAUAAUUUAGUCUUUUAAAACAAUAGCCUAGCCCCCUUUUUUGAAAUUACAUUAUAACGAUCAGAUCAGAUCAACUGUUAUUUUGCUUGGUUGUGUUGUUAUGCUUCCAAAGGAUCAUUUUAAAAAACUGCUAUCACAAAAAUGUCUUUAAGUGCUAUGUAAUGUUUAUAAAAAGUCUCCUCAUACUUGGUUUCAGUGUUGUUAGACUUUUUCUGGCCCAUUUGGACCAUGUUUACUAAAACAGAAUUCCUCUUAAGCCCGUGCUAGAAGGUGUAUUUUACACUUCAUUACCUCUCAUAAACAUAUUUGAUCUAACUGAGUUUGCUAUUUAUUUGCUUGGUUGCGUUGUUUGCUUCUAAAAGAUCUUCGUAAAGUCAAUUGCAACAUGUUUUCAGCAACUCUGAAGUGUCGUUCAGAAGGCACUCGGUAUCUUCCUAGAAGUUUUGAAUAGCAUGAUGUAAUUGUUUUCUUACCAUCAGUGUUACAAAAUACUAUUUAUAAAACACUGAGAGACUUUCAGAACAGAUCAAAACUGUUUGGUACAUUUAAAUGGAUUUAAAACUUAGAAAAUAUUAUUUUCUAAUAAAAUUUUGUCAUUUUGUAACAUUCUCAUUAAUAUUCAUGCAUACGACCAUUUGUUAAUUUACAUACAAAUACUGCUAUUUUAAGGCCAAUGACUUAGCUCCAUUUUGACACCAUUUUUAUUGUGUUAUCACCUAAACUGACCAAGAUGUAACUGUUUAUCAUUUAUAUGGUUGUCCUUUUCAAAAAUGAACGGUUGUUAUGGAGACAGUGAAUCAUAUAUAGCUUAAAAGAAUUUUUAUGGGAACAUUUUUCAUUUUGAAAAAGUUGGUCCUGCCGAACAAUUUGGUACCUAUGAAAA